AUGUAUAGACAACCACGAGGCCACCGCCCCCACGGUGGCAGUCGUGGGGCGGCGCCACCGCCACCAUCACAACCUCCACCACCACCUUUCAACCCGAACUUCCUCCAAACCCCUAACCUAUACAUCCAAAACCCUAACUUCUUAAUUACCCCCAAUCCAUUCCUCCAAAACCCCAACUUCAGUUUCCAAUUCCAAAGCCCUAAUUUCCCGAUCCAAAAGUCCAAUUUUCCUCAACGACCUCCAAGGCCUAAUGAAGCUAUUGAAAAAAUUGAUCGAGCUGUCGUGAAGGCUCGCCAAGAUCUUCUUGCUGCUGGAGAAACUGUUUCGGCUUGGAAAGUCUGUCAGGCUGCACUAUUGACAUUGCAAGUUGAUUCUUGGGAUUCGUUGGGGUUUCAUAUGCAACAAGUCCCGUCUCUUCACCGCCUUAUAGUAAUAGAAGGCAAGAUAAACGCAUUUAUUCACUGCUUUGUUGCCGCCCGAAGAAUUACUUCAUUGUAUGAUUUGGAAGUAGCAAUUUGCCAGAACGAGGGCGUUGAGCGAUUUGAAGAGCUUGAAUUAGGCCCUUUGGUACGACACCCACUUGUUGUACAUUAUUUUUCUGUGAGUUCUGAUAUGACAGAAGUUUUCAGGAUAACUAGUGAACAGAUAAUUUAUAGUCUUUGUGAGUUCAGGGAUACUCACACAGGCAAAGAAAUUAAGAUGGAGGAAUUAUUGGAUUUUAUUGCCGAAAAACGAUCAGUCACAGGCAGGGAAAAGCUUGGUGUGCGUAUUCAAAGCUUGGGGAUGCAUAUUGCACUUAUCAAACAAGCACGGCAAUCGGGAAAUACUGUUCUACAGAAGUGUCUUGAGGGUUUGAAAACAAAACCUGGUAAAAAUAGAAGGAAACGUCCUCUUUUUUCGUCACAGAAGAAGCAGCUGGAUGACCAUUUCAGUAAUGUAUCAGAACGUAUCAAGUCAUUCUCCUCGGAAAAUGAAGAUUUUUGUGGAAAGCAUAUAAAAUUUAUUUCAUCGAGUUCAGAUGAUGAUGAUGAUAGUGCUCAUUAUGAGAAUGAAGAUGGAACAAAGGAUGUACAGAGUGACUGCAAGCCCUUAUCACAAAAUAUAAAUAGUUCUGAUCAAGUUAGUGGUUGUCCUUACCCUUCAGCAGCUGAAGAGAUAAUGCGGCUUGGGUUGAAAAGUGAAAUGAAUGGCAACUCUUCUUCUGUUAGUGGCAGCCUAAAAAAUACUGAGAGUAAUGGGCCAUCUAAAAGAAAGAGAAAAUCUGAAAAUAUAAGCUGCACCAUCUCUGCACCCCACAAACUGCCUAAGAGAGACAAGGUUGAAUCAGAUCUUUCUGUUGAUGGAAAGAAAAUGGGUAGAAGUAACCUGAAUGAGGCUGAUUAUAUACUUUCCAAUGAUUCUAUGAGGAUGUUCAUUACGACAUGGAAGGAGGCAUGCCUGGAGAACAAUGUCGCUGAGAUCUUACCAUUGUUCCUGCUGCUAGAUUGGAUUGAACUAACACUAGAGAUUAGGUCUAUAGCUGAUGCACCCCUCUCAGCACCUACAUUCAAAGGACUAGCAUUGGUAGUGACCUUUGCUCACAAAUUCUCUAUGGUUUUUGAGAGGAUGCUUCAGUUGUAUAAACCCAAGAAAAGACAGCAAGUGAGAAAAAUGUUCUCGUCAUACCCAUGUGUGGGAUUGCUAAAUGUUGCUGUGACAUCUAUCAAGUGUGGAAUGUGGGAUAGUAUGUAUGAUGCUUUGCAAACUUUGAGUCAACAAGGAGUAGUAAACACAAUUUUGGAUAAGUCAAUUGAUUAUAUAAGCAUAGAGGUUGAACCGGCUGAAAAGGAUGCAGUGGUUGUCACUGAGCAUACCUUGAAGUGCAAACAUGGUAUUACUGUUGAAGAUAUUAUCAAGAGAGCUUCUACAUAUUUUGAGCCUGGUCAUGACAUCCUGGGCUAUGCAGAUUUACCUCUGGAGAAGAAAUUUAUCUUCUUGAAGAAGCUUUGCAAAUGUGAGUUUUGGCUAACGGAGCAGUUUUGUGUUAAGGAAUUUGAGUCUCUUGGUUAUGGGGAGUUUUUCAAAUUCUUAGAAAAAAAUUUCUGCUUACUGCCUCAUUCGUUGCAGAAGUGGUUGGCUGGUGACAGAUUUGAGAAGCUAGCUUUGGAGGCUUGUAUGAUCCAGCAUCAACUGUGUUUAUUAUUAUCGCAAGCUUCAAAUAGCUUAUGGGAGAACGAAAGUAUAAGCAAGCAGAGAAUUUCUGAGUUGCUUAUGAGGCAGUUCCCUUCAGUCUGUUUCAAAAUAGUGGAAAGUGGUUCCUUGAAUGAUUUACGGGAUAUUGUGAGGGUCAAUGAAAACAAUGUCGUUUCCAACUGUGUCUUAUUUUCUGCAACUUUGUUGGGAAUGGGUUAUGUUGGAGACACAUCAGCCCACAAUGAGAAAAAAAUUUCAGAAGCAGCUGGGGUGGAAACUGAAAUAGGCCGUAAAGCAGGAACCUUGGGUUAUGUUACGACCAAGGAUGCAAUUGAAGUUUUACUUAGGGCUCCAAUGUUGACAGAUUUAGACUCUUGGUCACAUUGGGACCUUAUAUUCUCUCCUUCUCUUGGUCCUCUUUUGGGUUGGUUGUUGAAUGAGGUCAAUAACAAAGAGCUGAUGUGUCUAGUGACCAAGGGUGGUAAAGUUAUCCGAAUAGAUCAGUCGGCUACCGUAGAUUCAUUCUUAGAAGCUUUUCUUCAGGGAUCCUCUUUCCAAACAGCAGUAGAACUGUUGUCUUUGUUUUCACUAUAUGGGGGUGACCAAAAUGUUCCCUUGUCCCUUUUAAAACGCCAUGCACAGCAAGCAUUUGAAGUAAUUGUCAACAAUUUUAUGGGAGUGAAAGUGAACUUUGGUCAGAAUUCGGUAAUGCAUGAAAAACCAUUGUGUUCAGAGCCUAUGUUGGAUGAGAACAGAUCUGGCAGUAAGUUACACAAAAACAGCUAUGGAGCUAAUAAGGCGGGGUCGACUGCAUCAAGGUUUAUCCUUGAUUGUCUGGGCUGUCUACCUAUGGAAUUCCGCAGUUUUGCUGCAGACGUCCUGCUUUCAGGGUUGGGAUCUGUUGUCAAAGAUGUCUAUUCAGUUAUUUUGGAUGAAUGCAAACAAGUGGAGCAGCGUCUCAUGCUUCAUGAAGUAGGAUUGUCUCUUGGUAUUGUUGAGUGGAUUAGUGAUUAUCAUACCUUUUCUAAGUCAACUGACCUAGUGGCACCUGGACCUUCAUGCUUAAACCCUGCGAGUUCUGAGUUGAGCAUGGGCAGAAGGUGUGCGGAAGUUGCAUUAGACAGGUUUACUUCUUCAGAAGAUGAAAUGAUGGUGUCAGCGGAGGUCGAGCGACAUAGCGAAGAACAUAAAGGAGUCCGUACAAUGGAAAAUAAUGCAGAGAUAUCUAGCAAUAGUUUUGGUGAAAAUCGCAAACAGAAUUUAUCUAAACAGACUGAACUAGAUAGAAGUAGCGAUCCAGUCAAAUUUAUUGAGUCUAUUAGGAGAGAUGAAUUUGGUCUGGAUCCAAGUCUUUCAGUUAUGGAAAGUAACAUGUUGAAGAAGCAACAUGCUCGCCUAGGCAGAGCCCUCCAUUGCCUAUCACAAGAGUUGUAUUCUCAGGAUUCUCAUUUUCUUCUGGAGUUGGUUCAGAAUGCCGAUGAUAAUGUGUACCCUGGAAAUGUGGAACCAACUCUGUCAUUCAUUCUUCAGGAGGGAGGCAUUAUUGUCCUGAAUAAUGAGCAAGGGUUUUCUGCUGAGAACAUCAGAGCACUUUGUGACGUUGGAAAUUCUACAAAAAGGGGAUCUACUGCUGGAUAUAUUGGGAAGAAAGGCAUUGGCUUCAAAUCAGUAUUCCGGGUCACUGAUGCUCCAGAAAUUCAUUCUAAUGGAUUUCAUAUCAAGUUUGAUAUAAGUGAGGGCCAAAUUGGUUUUGUUUUGCCAACUGUUGUGCCUCCUUGUGAUAUUGACUUUCUCAGUAGACUCGCAUCCGUGGAUACUGAUCAAAGGGAAAUUAACUGCUGGAACACAUGCAUUGUGAUUCCUUUUCGAUCGAAGUUUUCAGAAGGUUUUGCCAUGAACAGCAUCAUAUCUAUGUUUUCAGAUCUUCAUCCAUCUUUGUUACUUUUUCUUCACCGCCUUCAGUGUAUCAAGUUUAGAAACAUGCUCAAUGAUUCACUCAUUGUCAUGAAGAAAGAGGUUGUGGGAAAUGGUAUCAUAAAGGUUUCCCAUGGGAAGGAGAUAAUAACUUGGUUUGUCGCAUCUCAGAAAUUGCAGGCUGAUGUCUUUCGUCCUGAUGUCCAAUCUACAGAAAUUGCAAUAGCAUUCACAUUGCAGGAGUUGGAUAAUAUGGAUUACAUCCCGCUUCUGGAACAACAGCCGGUUUUUGCUUUUCUACCGCUAAGAACUUAUGGUCUAAAAUUUAUUCUCCAAGGUGAUUUUAUUCUUCCUUCGUCUAGAGAAGAAGUCGAUGGAGAUAGUCCAUGGAACCAGUGGUUAUUGUCCGAGUUCCCUGGCUUGUUUGUCAAUGCAGAGAGAUCUUUUUGUAGCCUUCCUUGUUUCAGAGAAAAUCCUGGAAAGGCAGUUGCUGCUUUUAUGAGCUUUGUUCCUCUUGUAGGAGAAGUUCAUGGAUUUUUUUCUAGUCUCCCACGGAUGAUUGUUUCUAGAUUACGCAUGUCAAAUUGCUUGCUUCUAGAAGGUGAGAAUAACGAAUGGGUUCCUCCAUGCAAGGUUCUAAGAAAUUGGACUGAACAGGCUCGUGCUCUUUUGCCUGAUAGCUUGCUUCGAGAGCACCUUGGCCUUGGACUCUUGAAUAGAGAUAUAGUUUUAUCGGAUUCAUUAGCGAGGGCACUUGGGGUUGAGGAAUAUGGACCAAAAAUUCUAAUCCAGAUUAUGUCUUGCUUGUGUUGCACAGCAAAUGGUCUCAAGUUAGUGGGGCUUUGUUGGUUAUCUUCUUGGCUCAAUGCCAUUUAUUUGAUGUCUUUCCAUUCUUCAGGAAAGACUUCCCUACAUUACGGGAAUGAAUCAGAUCUUACAGUCAACCUUAGGAAAAUUCCCUUCAUUCCUCUUACUGAUGGUAAAUAUAGCUCAGUGGAUGACGGUCCAGUUUGGUUGCAUUCUGAUGCCUUAAACUCUAAUCCUGAUAAUGAGUGUGGUUCAGAAGCUUUCCCCAAGUUGUAUGCAAAACUUCGGACUGUAAAUCCUGCCCUUUUUUCUGUAUCUCCAGCUGUUGAUUUCUCAUGUUCUGACACGGCUAGAGUAGAAAACCUUACUAUGAUGCUUUAUAGAGUUGGUGUCCAAAGGUUAUCUGCACAUGAAAUUGUGAAGUUACACAUCUUGCCAGCUAUUUCUUGUGGCAAAAACACAAUAGAAGGCAAAUGUUUGAUGACUGAGUACCUUUCUUUUGUUAUGUUCCAUCUACAUUCAAAUUGCUCGAACUGUUUUGUAGAAAGGGAGCACAUAAUCUCAGAGUUGCAUAAUAAAGCUCUGAUUUUGACAAAUCAUGGAUAUAAGCGGCCUGUUGAGGUGUCCAUUCAUUUUAAUAAGGAGUUUGGUAAUCGUAUUGAUGUAAAGAAGUUGAUCAAUGGAAUAGAUGUGAAAUGGCAUGAGGUUGACAUCACCUAUUUGAAACAUCCCAUCACCAAAUUGUUACCUGAUGGAAUGUUAAAGUGGAGGAAAUUUUUGGAGGAAUUAGGAAUCACUGAUUUUGUGCAAGUAGUUCAAAUUGAGAAGUGUGUUGCUGAUAUAUCUCAUGUUGUUCCGAAGAAUAUGACGUGGGAGAGAAACAUGAUUUCCCCUGGGUCUUUUGCCAAAGAUUGGGAGUCUCGAGAGUUAGUUGAUCUGAUGUCACAGUUGUCCUCAAGCGGUGACCGGGAAAGGUACAAGUACCUUUUGGAGAUUCUUGAUACAUUAUGGGAUGAUUGUUUCGGUGAUAAGGUUACUGGUUACUGCAAUUUUAAUUCCACUGGGGAAAACACAUCUUUCAAGUCUACAUUUAUGGGCGUCCUCCAUGAUUUUCAGUGGAUUGUGUCAAGUAUGGAUGAUGAGCUUCACUAUCCUAAAGAUUUAUUUCAUGAUUGUGAAGCAGUACGCUCAAUUCUGGGUGGUACUGCUCCAUAUGCAGUUCCUAAGCUAAGAAGUGAAAAGUUGUUGAAAGAUAUUGGAUUCAAGGAUCAAGUUUCUCUUGAUGAUAUUUUUUCUGUUCUUCAAGUUUGGAGAAGAUGUGAAACCCCCUUUAAGGCCAGUGGAGCUAACUUUGAGGAAGUUUUGGUUUCAUGCUGA